AUGGCACAGGAUAUCGUUCUUGCCGUUUUAUACCCUAUCGUUGACAAUACAAUUGGUCCCAUUAAAGCACACAUUUGCUAUGCUUUGUAUUGCAAGAGCAACCUUCGAAGUCUGAAGGAGGAAGUUGGUAAGUUGAAGAAUGAGAGAGAGAAGUUGCAACACUUGGUGGAUGAGGAAAGAAGAAAUGGGAAAGUGAUUGAGCAGGAUGUUGAUCGGUGGCUGCUCGAGGUGGAUAGGAUCAUUGAAAGCAGGGAACGGGAACAUGUCGGGGAUGAAGAUCGAGCAAAGAAGAAGUGUUUUGUUGGAUUGUGUCCAAAUUUCAAAACUCGCUACCAGCUUGGCAAGAAAGCAAAGGGGGAGUUAUCAACGGUUACGAUCAAACUUGAGGAACAGACCAAAUUUGGUUCAAUUUCCUACCGUGCUGCUCCAGCAGGGACGAGUGCUAUGUCUGUCAAAGGUUAUCAGGCCAUGCCAUCAAGGAUUCCAAUUUUUAUGGAAAUAAUGAACGCCCUAAAACUUGCUGAUGUGAAGAUGGUUGGAGUGUAUGGAAUGGGUGGUAUGGGCAAGACCACGUUGGUGAAAGAGGUCGCUGUAGAAGCCACGAAGACCAAAUUAUUUGACCAGUUUAUUGUUGCAACUGUAACCCAGAACCAGGACAUCACGAAAAUCCAAGGGCAAAUUGCAGACCAGCUUGGCCUAACAUUCAACGAGGAAAGUGAAUGGGGAAGAGCUUGUCGCUUGCGCGAUAGGUUGAAGAAAGAGAAGAAGAUUCUUAUUGUUCUGGACGAUUUAUGGACGAGACUUGAUCUAGAUGCAGUUGGGAUUUCAUUUGAGGAUGAGCAAAAGGAAUGCAAGAUACUGCUAACAUCGAGAGAAUUUGAUGUUCUAUCGAUCGGAAUGGAUGUUCAAAAGAACUUUCGACUUCGUAAUUUACAGGAAGAAGAAGCCUGGGACCUGUUCAAGAAUACAGCAGGUGGCAACGUUGAAAAUCCAGAUGUGCAAUCCGUAGCCUUGAGGAUAGCAACGAUGUGUGCAGGUUUGCCCGUGGCUAUUGUAACUAUUGCAAAGGCUUUAAAGGAUAAGAGCUUGUUUCAGUGGAAGGAUGCAUUGCGAGAGCUGCAAAAACCGUCCCCUAGAAACUUUACAGGAGCGCCAGGAGAAGUCUAUAAUGCCAUAGAACUAAGUUAUAAGCAUCUUGAAAGUGAGGAGUUGAAAUCAACAUUUCUUCUUUGCAGUCGAAUGGGCUACAAUGCCUCAAUUGAAGACUUGUUGAAAUAUGGCAUAGGCUUGGGUUUGUUUCUUGACGUUGCAACAAUAGACGAAGCAAGGAACAAAGUGUAUUCAUUGGUUCAUAAACUCAAAAACUCCUGUUUGUUGCUUGAUAGUAAAACUAGCCAGCAAUUUUCUAUUCAUGAUGUUGUUCGUGAUGUUGCCAUAUCAAUUGCUUUUAGGGACCGUGAUGUAUGUGUGAAGAGUUCUAAUGAGGUUGAAUCCCAAUGGCCUGAUAGGGAUUCACUGAAGUACACAGAAAUCUGGUUGCAUGGUAAUAACAUUAGGCUUUCUGGAGAUCUGAAACACCCGUUGCUCAAGGUUUUCAGUAUGAACUGUGAGGAGCCCUCUCUGGAAAUACCUGGAAACAUCUUUGGGGGAAUGCAAAAACUCAAAGUCUUGGGCUUGACCAAUUUUUCUUUGCCAUCCCUACCUUCAUCUCUUCAUUUACUAAAGAACCUCUGUUCACUGUGCCUGCAUCAAUCUUCACUAGGAGAGAUAGCCAUUAUUGGGGAGCUGAAAAAUUUAGAAAUCCUUAGCUUUGUUAAAUCUACUAUCAAGCAUUUGCCAAGAGAGAUAGGGGAAUUGACUAAGCUGAAGUUAUUAGAUUUGAGUGAUUGUUCUGAGCUUGAAGUGAUUUCACCAACUAUUAUUUCAAGAUUGUCCCUAUUACAGGAAUUGUGCAUGGGUAAUAGCUUUCAUCAAUGGGAUAUUGGACCGAAUAAUGUUAGUCUUGUUGAGUUGGAACAUUUGUCUCGCCUGACUAAAUUGGAGAUACAUAUUCCUGAUUCCCGUGUUAUCUCCAAAGACUUCUCUAAAAACUUGGAGAGAUAUAGAAUAGUGAUAGGAGGUGAUUGGAGUUGGAAUCGGAAUUCGGAUGGUGUUUGUGAAACCUUAAGAAAAUUGAAACUGAAUUUGAAAGAAAGCACUGAUCAUUUGAAGCAUGAGAUUUUGUUGUUGUUGAAGAGAACUGAAGAUUUGAUUUUACUUGAGGUAAAUGGUGUUAAGAGUGUCAUUGAACUGGACAAGGAAGGUUUUCUACAUCUGAAGCGCCUCCGUGUGGGUGAUAGUCCUGAGGUUCAAUAUAUCAUUGACAUGAUAAAUGGGAUUCCUUCUAACAUCCCUCUCUUUCUCAUGUUAGAGUAUUUGUAUCUUUAUAAUUUGGCAUCGUUAGAGAAGAUUUAUCUUGGAAAACUCAGGGCACGAUCUUUCGGCAAACUGAAAAUCCUACAAGUGAGAAAUUGUGGUAAAUUGAGAAGCCUCUUCUCGUUCUCCAUGGCACUAGGCUUUUUGCAGCUUCAAAGCAUCACAAUCACUUCUUGCUGGAACAUGGAAGAGAUUGUUGCUGAGGAAAGUGAAGAAUUUGACAACAAAGCAACCAAUGUGACGGAGUUCACUCAGUUGCGUACCAUGUCAUUAGACAAUUUACCUCUUCUCAGAAACUUCUGCUCCGGACAGAAGACAUCUUCCCUAUCUCAAACACAUCCAAAGUCAACAACAAGUGGCAUGGAAUUGGGAGAAAUGACUUUGGAGGAUGAUAUGCAAAGUCCUACACCACUUUUCGAUGAAAAGGUAUUUGCAUAUCCUUCUUUACAUAUUACAUAG